AUGCCGACUUCCAGUCUACGCUGGCUGAUCCUCCAAUCUCGAGAUCCAAACUACCACUCUGCCUUUGUCUACGCAGUCAAAACAACAAAAAUAUUUUGUCGUCCCACAUGUUCUGCACGUCUAGCUCGCCGCACAAACGUCGUCUUCUAUGACACACCCUUGGAAGCGGCAGCAGCAGGCUUCAAAGCUUGUAAGCGGUGCCACCCGGAGGUGGAAGGAUGGCAUCCAAAGGGCGAAGCCAUGGUGCAGCGUGCAAAGACGAUCAUUGAGGCGAGCUCGGAAGAGAUCCCGCUAAAGACUCUGGCGGCGAAGGUGGGCGUCACGGAAUGGCAUUUUUCAAGGAGGUUCAAGAAGGAAGUGGGGAUUACGCCGAGGGCUUAUUAUGGGGUGGUUUGUGAGCACCGGCGGCGGAAGAGCAUUCCGACGACGGCACAGAUUGACGAUGAUCAUGGAACGGAGGAGAAUACUGAGGAAAAGGUGGAGGCUGUUGGCACUGCGGAGGAGUUGUGUGAGGAGUUCACCAGGGACGAGUUCCGAGAGUUCACCAUGGAUGAGUUCGUGGAUUGGGAUGGUGGGGGCGGCCCGUGCGCUCCUUGCCCAAUUUACGCGACGGAGAUCUGUGCAGAGGUUUCGUUUUGA